GCCCAGUACCAGUAGAGAGAGGAGAGAGAGAGGCCGACACACACACAGCGGCAGAGAGCCCACGCCUCAGGCAGGCGCCGCACCAGCAACCAACCAGCCCAUCCCCCCCUAGGAGCCGCCGCCGAAUUGGGGUGUGCAGGCACCAUGGAGAGGGAAGCCACGGUCGCCUUCUACCCGCCGGCGCCGGCGCCGCAGCAGCAGCGCCCCACGGCCGCGCAGCCGCUCUCGGCCCGCGCGCCUUCGUCCGGCGGCGGCGUCCCCGCGGGGCGGGGAGGCGGGGGCAGGCAGUACCGCGGGGUGCGGAUGCGCAAGUGGGGCAAGUGGGUGGCCGAGAUCCGGGAGCCCAACAAGCGGUCGCGGAUCUGGCUCGGCUCCUACGCCACCGCCGUCGCCGCCGCGCGCGCCUACGACACCGCCGUCUUCUACCUCCGCGGCCGCUCCGCGCGCCUCAACUUCCCCGACCAGCUCCUCGACGGCGCCCCCGCCGCCGCCGCGCCCGGGGACCUCACCGCCGCCGCCAUCCGCAAGAAGGCCGCCGAGGUCGGCGCGCGCGUCGACGCGCUCCACUCCGGCGGGAUCGGCGUCGGCAUCGGCAUGGGCGGCGCCCCCCCGGCCCCGCCGUCGCCGUCCCAGCGCCGCCGGGCCAAGAACCCCGACCUCAACCGGGAGCCCACCUCCGACACCGACGACGACCAGUGAACCGCUGUAAACCCCCGCCGAUUCUUCAGUUCUCCUCCUCCUCCCGCCGCCUACAUACCUAGUACUAGUGCGUCUUAAUUAGUCGUCGUUAGCAACCAGCAGCGAGCUAGCUAGCGGUAGCAGAGCAUCAACCAUCUCACUGAGCAAGCAGAUACUAGUUCAGUUCAGUCAGUUCAAGAAGAAAGACAUGGGGAAGCAAGCGUGGAUCCGACAGGCAAGGUGUUCGGUGAAAUGCCGGGCGAGCUCGGGGGCCAACCCUACCAAUAAUGGAGCCGCGCGCGACGUCGCAGUCAGCUCGGCCAGGGGGUUACUAAGUAGGGGCCGCGACGGCGAGCUUAGACAAAGGGUGUGCGUGCAGCCAAGCAUGGCGCAUGGCCAUGUGUGUAGUAGCUCCCUUGAGAAGUUGAGAUAUAAAGAGUGUUUGUAAAGGAAGAAGAUACCGAGCGGCAAACAAAAUGAAAGCUUCAAGAAUCAUUCCAUGCA